CGCCUGCUUGUCCGUUAACAUUUCUGCUUGCGGUACAAUUAUGUCAAGAACAGCGACUAUUCAAGAACACAAUGUUGACUACAUGGCUAUAUUUGCGUUGCUUUUCUGUCACCCAGAAGCUACGGUAUUAGCGCGAGAUCUAUUUUUGUCGGCGGCAGCUCAUCGCCCCUUACCCACAACCUCCGAUGACGUUUAUGGCGCCAGAAAUCAAGGGUUUAGUGUGGACCUCGUGUGUCAGCUGGUGCAUAUUUGCUGGUUACUAGCUAUGUCGGUGCUUCCUUCCAUACAUUCCCGAUACACGUUCUGACUUCUGGUGAAUAGUGUUUAUAUACGCUUGACCAAAUCGCCAAAAUGGUGAUACUACGCAGCGGCGGCGGCGCCGGAGUCGAACCGAUGGCUACUACCCUUCAGAGGAGGACGGUGGAUUUGGAUGCAAGCUCCGAGUUUCUGUCGCUUGUUCCCGCGUCUCAGAGAAAGCCCGCUCGGCUCACCCGGUCUUCUCGGUCCAUUAACGACAGCUUUAGCAGCCCUGAAAACAACUCGGUGAAUGGGCAUACUGAUUUGAAGCUGCAGGAUGGAAGUGGACUCCAUCACUCCCUCAGGACCAGGAAACAAAGACUUAAACUCGAGGUGUCUUUUUCUGACAUGGAUCCAAAGACCAGCUCUCCUGGUGAUGAACACAAAGUUGAAGGCUGCUGCACCAGGAAGUCUUCCAGGCUGCAGAGAGAAGGUAAAGCAUCCAGUGGAAAGCAACAAGCCGAGGUUCCAGAUGAAGUGGAGGGGUCGUCCACUCCCAAAAGAAGUCGGUUUAACCUACGAAGCCGAGAUACUGAAGAAGAGGAGGAGGAGGAGGAUGGAUCGGUGCGACGAAGCUCUCGAAUCACCAGAUACAAACUGAAUUCUCGUAACCAGUCAGUUCUGUACGACCGCCUCAUCACCAACACUGCUGAAGCUGUUCUCCAAAAGAUGGACGACAUGCAGAAAUUGAGACGACGGCUGAGGAGCAAAGACACUAAAGAAGAGCCGCUGGGACUGUACAGUGGCAGAAUGAGGCGGUCUCUGAGGGCUAAUGCAGGGAGCAAAAAAAACGAGGACAGCAACAAAGGAAGGGAUGAAGAUGAUAAUGAUGAAGAGGAUAGAGAAGAUGAGGAUGAGGAUGAAGAAGACGAAGAUGAGGAUGGAGAGGAUGAGGAAGAAGAACACCAGCAGCGUUAUGACUUCCGGCAGAGAAAGACUGUAGUUCUCUACCAGGCCCCUCAAGAUGAACCCAAGGAACCCAGGAAACGCAGCAUGUACUUCAAAGAGCACUCGUCUCCGACCAGACGCAGGUUCAGAUUCAGCUCCACAGCCCCCAGGAGCCCCUAUAACAGGAGGAGGCCCAGCAGACGGAGACAUGCCAUCCACAGUAGUGACUCAACAUCUUCGUCUUCAGACGAGGAGAAAUUCCAGAGACGCAGGAGUAUGAACAGAAGCAGGUCGGUCAACAGGUGUCUGCCAAUGAACCUUAUCAAAGAAGACCUGCUGGGGAUCCACAAGGACCGGAUGAAAAUCGGAGCCAGCCUGGCUGAUGUGGAUCCCAUGCACAUAGACAAAACGGUGUGCUUUGACAGCAUCGGAGGUCUUAGCAGACACAUUUCUGCUCUGAAGGAGAUGGUGGUGUUCCCUCUGCUUUACCCAGAGGUCUUUGAGAGGUUCAAGAUACAACCUCCAAGGGGCUGUCUGUUUUACGGUCCUCCUGGCACUGGGAAAACCCUGGUGGCCAGAGCUCUGGCCAACGAGUGCAGCCAAGGGGAAAGAAAGGUUUCAUUCUUCAUGAGGAAAGGAGCCGACUGUCUUAGUAAGUGGGUGGGAGAAUCUGAGAGACAGUUACGGCUACUGUUUGACCAGGCUUAUCAGAUGCGCCCAUCCAUCAUCUUCUUUGAUGAAAUUGAUGGUUUGGCUCCUGUCAGGUCGAGUCGCCAGGACCAGAUCCACAGCUCAAUUGUAUCCACUCUCUUGGCUCUGAUGGAUGGAUUAGACAGCAGAGGUGAAGUUGUUGUCAUCGGAGCUACAAACAGACUGGACUCCAUCGACCCAGCUCUGAGACGACCAGGACGAUUUGACAGAGAGUUCCUCUUUGGCUUACCAGACAGAGAGGCGAGAAAGGACAUUCUGAAGAUCCACACCAGACAAUGGAGUCCUCCUCCUGCUGACACUUUCCUGGAAGAACUUGCAGAGAAGUGUGUUGGCUAUUGUGGAGCAGAUAUCAAAGCGGUGUGUUCAGAGGCAGCCCUGUGUGCCCUGCGGCGCCGCUACCCUCAGAUCUACUCCUCAUCACAGAAGCUGAUGUUGGACGUAAACUCCAUUGUCAUCUCUAACAAAGACUUUAUGUGUGCGAUGUCCAAAAUGGUGCCAGCUGCCCAGAGGGCAGUUGUGUCGCCAGCCAAAGCCUUAAUACCGGCCAUCCGUCCUCUGCUCAGCUCCACCUUGAAGAAGAUCCUCCACACAGUCAGCAGAGUGUUCCCACAUGCUGAGCAGGGAUUCAAGAAGAAGAGAGAACACGAUGCGGCCUGUUGUUUGUCUGAUGAUGACCUGAUGUUUAGUGAGGAAGAGGACCCUGAAGUCUCCUCCAGUGGACAGACCCCUCAACCUACCACCAAUGGCUUCCUUAGCCUGAACAGAAGCGUAUUAAGUCAGCCGACGUCCUACCGUCCCAGGCUUUUGCUGGAGGGCAGACCAGGAUCAGGGCAAACCUCCCAUUUGGCCCCUGCUUUUCUCCAUGCUCUGGAAAAAUUCACUGUGUACACUCUGGACAUGGCCGUGCUGUUUGGGACCAGUGCAACAGCGCCUGAAGAAACCUGCGCACAGAUUUUUGUUGAAGCCAAGCGCACCUCUCCCAGCAUCCUGUACAUCCCACACAUCGGACAGUGGUGGGAAACAGUGGGUCCUGCCUUAAGAGCUACCUUCUUGAGCCUCCUUAGCUCCAUCCCUGCUUUCUCUCCUAUCCUGCUGUUGGCUACCUGCAGCCUCCAUUAUGACCAACUCAGUACCGAGGUACAGGAGUUGUUUCGAGUUGAAUACGGAGAGGUCUUUCACAUUCAGGUCCCUACCAGCCGAGAGAGAAGGGACUUCUUUGAGGAUUUAAUUCUCAACCAGGCUGCAAAAGCCCCUGCCUCAAAAAGAAAAGCUGUGCUUCAUGCUUUGGAGGUGCUUCCAGUCGCCCCUCCACCUCCCCCACGUCAGCUGACAGAGGAAGAGAGCCAGAGACUGAUCGAGCAAGAAGAAGACACCUUCAGGGAACUUCGUCUCUUUUUGCGUGACGUCACAAACCGGCUGUCCCAAGAUAAACGUUUCAAAGCCUUCACUAAACCUGUGGAUUUGGAGGAGGUUCCAGAUUAUGCCGAAGUGAUCAAAAAACCUAUGGACCUAUCAACAGUUCUAUCCAAGAUAGAUCUCCAUCAGUACAAAACUGUCAAAGAGUUUCUGAGAGAUGUGGAUCUCAUCUGGCAGAAUGCUCUGGAAUACAACCCCGAUAGGGAUCCUUCAGAUCGCCAAAUCCGCCACAGAGCAUGUGCGCUGAAGGACACCGUACAUGCCAUCAUCAGAGAAGAAUUAGAUGAAGAUUUUGAGAAAAUCUGCGAGGAGAUCAAAGAAUCGCGCAGAACAAGAGGUUGCUCCACAGCACGAUUUGCUCCCACGUUCUACCAUGUCCUUCCCAAACAGCCCAAACCUGUAGAAGCCGACAUGACUGACUUGGCCCCGCAAAGAGAAGCAAAUGGAUUCACAGGCACUGUUGCACCCAAUACAGCUGUCGUUACAACACCUAAAAACACAGUCCAGAGGAGGAAACGCCGGAAAAGUCGCUGGUCUAGUGGCAUCAUCACAAAGAGGAAAACUUCCACUUCUCUUCACGUGUCCAGAGAUGACAUACAGUUGGGCUCUGGUGAGGAUGAGGAAGAUGAUGAAGACGAUGCUGAGAAGGGAGACGGAGCAGAGCAUCAGCAGGGCAAUGAAGCAGAGGAAGUUGCUGAACAGGAGCCACAAACUGUUAAAGCUCAAGAAGGUAGUUCAAAUACAAGACAACAGAAUAUUGAGGAGGAGGAGGAGGAGGACGAGCAGCGAGUAGAGAUGAAAGCACUCCCUGAGGGUGAGGAUGUUCUUUGUGAGCAAGAGAAGCCAGAACAUGACAGCCAAACACUGAACAAAAAAGACAAAGCUGUCCGUCGUCAGUCGGGAAUGUCUGAAAAUGAAAACAAAAAAGAAGACGAGAGCCACGAAUCCGCCUCAGUGAUCAUUAACAAGGACAGCCACACAGAGGCGGAAGGAGAUUCCCACAAUGCCACAACACAAGAAACUGUCAGUCAAAAUCAGUCUGAGAGUCCAGCUGUGAUGAACCAGCCUGCUGAAGAAGAACCAGAGAGCCAAAUGGCUCCAACAGAGGGGGCACAGAUGAACACUCCCGCAGAGCCGAUGGAGGUGGACACAACAGCAAGCACAACCCUGGAAGCCUCCGCGGCCACCACGGCAGAGACGGACACAGGCACAGAACGAAACACGAGGCGGAUGACCCGGGCUCUGAAAAACUCCAUGCUGCACCAGCAGAUUAUCAACGUGGACAAAGCCCAGCAGAUUCUGGAGCAGGAAACCCCUCCUCUGGUAGUGGACAGAGACAAGUUAAAGGAGCUGUUGGAGAGGGUCGUUUCAAAGACUGAAGGCUAUGAGGUGUACAAGCUUGAAAAACUCUACGCCCUGCUCUGCCAGAGCAUCUACAGACACAGACGUGACCACGAUAAAACUGCUCUAACACAGGAGUUGGAACGAGAGGUUGAAGACUUCUGUUGACUUUUAUAUUGGAAGUAUACGACCAUUUUUAGUGUGAUUAUCCUCUCAACUGUGUAAAUAUACAAACAUCGGUUCCAUUUUCAUCUGCCAAGAUUACAUUAGUGCUCCAGUUUAAACUUUGUUUAAACUUUUUGUUGAUAUGUAAUUAAAUGUGAAAACCCCCAAAACGUGUUUUCCUCUUUCUUCUUCUUUUUUUUUUAAACAAGCAGAAAAUUUCAGUCUCAUUGGAUUCGUUUG